ACAAACAUGGCAGCGCUUUUUGCAAUACGUUGCUUAUUUAGAAGCUAUUCUCGGGUCAGAAAAUACACGAGUACUUGUCAGAUGUAGCAGAAGGAUGCUGUCUGACAGCAGUAAGUCGUUUAUUUUGUCAAAUUGGAGUUCUACCUCUGACCUUGUAGCAUGUGCAGCUAUUGUUGUCUAACGUUAGCUGCCUAUGCUAGCGUUAACUUUUUAGUAUUUUAAUGGUACUAGUAGCUAGUUGUUAUCCUCGAAGCGAUUUAAACGCAUGUUGACAACAACGCAAAUUUAUGACGCGUUCAAAACUGGGAACUCAGAAAUCUCCGAUUUCAGUGCGUUCAAGACAACUUGGAACUCGGAAAAACGAGCCUAUGGUCUCAUGAAUCUCCAAGUACCCCCUGUGGAUAGACCACAAGUACCCUUUGUUGGGAACACUGUAUGGCAGGAUGCAGUGAGUCUGGUGGGUCUGUUCAACAAGGUCCAUCCACACAGUGAGACAGCCCAGGAGGCCUCCAGCCAACAGGCCUCUGGACUGGACCUGCUCAAGAUCUACGCUAAGCGGGAGUCCCAGAGGGCAGGAUACGUAGAGCUGGCCCUGCAGGCCUCCGAGCAGACUUCCGCAGAGAUCCGUCUGACCGUCAUGCAUCACUACACCUAACCACUGGAGAGCUCUCUCACAUCACAGCAUAGCUCCAUCUAACCGUCCCAUACAUCUCACACCCACAACAAUAAACCAACGGAGCAGUGACAUUCUCCCCAAUGGCCUGCCUAUCCAUGACCCCAAUCUUUAAUCAACUGGACAAUUACAGUAAACAAAGAGAAAAACUUAGUCCUUGAACUAUGGAGCUCAUCUUGAACCACUUGCAAGCCAAGUGUCCAUUGCCAAUGAAUGGCAUCAACAUGUGCACAUAAUUGGGAUGCACCAAGCUUGACUUCUGUUGACGCAGUGCAGAUAUUCACUUCUGCAUUUCAACCUUGUAAUUUGUCCAUAACCUUAAUCAUACUGUAUCUCAACAUUGGAACUGACUGUAAGCUGUUUAAUUAUCAUGUACAUACAAAAUAAAAAUGUUUAUAUA